UCACUGUCGGAAGUUGUCAGAAGCGGCGCUGCACGUGUUAACUGAACAUGAUCUGCAGGCCCGCGGAGACAAGGAGGCCAGGGAAGGACACUCUGUACAAACUCUGCUUUAUUUGAGCAUUAAAGAAACCCAGAGAGAAAAAGCUGCCCGCGCGGCUGGACCAAACCUGGACCGUUAGCUUAACGGAGGCAGCAGCGUCAUUAAAGAGCAGAAAGUUCUGGGUCUGUGUUGUGUCCUCCCCGGCGUCCUCCUCCAGACCUCAGUUUUUCUUUUAUUUUGUUGAAACGGUUUCAUAGUUUGGUUGUGACUGUCCAUUUGGAGCAUGGCGGACUACCUGAUCAGCGGGCAGACCAGUUAUGUCCCGGAGGACGGGUUGACAGGACAGCAGCUGUUCAGCUGUGGAGACGGACUCACUUACAAUGACUUCCUGAUUUUACCGGGCUACAUUGACUUUACUGCUGACCAAGUGGAUUUGACAUCAGCGCUCACUAAACAGAUCACCAUGAAGACCCCCUUUGUCUCCUCCCCUAUGGACACAGUAACAGAGGCCAACAUGGCUAUUGCCAUGGCGUUGACAGGAGGCAUCGGCUUCAUCCACCACAACUGUACUCCAGAGUUCCAGGCUAACGAAGUUCGCAAAGUCAAGCGAUACGAGCAGGGCUUCAUCACAGACCCUGUGGUUAUGAGUCCAAACGAGCGGGUGAGGGACGUCUUCCAGGCCAAGGCGCGCCAUGGCUUCUGUGGGAUCCCCAUCACGGACAACGGCAAAAUGGGCGGCAAGCUGGUGGGGAUCAUCUCUUCCAGAGACAUUGAUUUUCUAAAGGAGGAGGAUCACAACUUGCCGCUAAGUGAGGUGAUGACCAAGCGAGAGGAUCUAGUGGUUGCUCCUGCUGGAGUGACUCUGAAAGAAGCAAAUGAAAUCCUGCAGAGGAGCAAGAAAGGUAAACUUCCCAUAGUCAAUGAGGAGGGCUCCCUGGUGGCCAUCAUCGCACGUACAGACUUGAAGAAAAAUCGGGACUUCCCUUUGGCCUCCAAAGACUCUAGGAAACAGCUGCUGUGUGGCGCCGCCAUCGGUACUCACAACGACGACAAGUACAGACUGGACCUGCUGGUUCAGAGUGGGGUGGAUGUGGUCGUACUGGACUCGUCUCAGGGCAACUCCAUCUUCCAGAUCAACAUGAUCAAAUACAUUAAAGAGAGAUAUCCCAGCUUACAAGUUAUUGGAGGCAACGUGGUGACUGCAGCUCAGGCCAAGAACCUGAUAGAUGCAGGCGUGGAUGCGCUGAGGGUUGGGAUGGGCAGCGGCUCCAUCUGCAUCACACAGGAAGCUCCCCUCAGUGUACCACCAGCUAUAAAGCUCCACAGCCCCAAAACCCCAACCUCUAUUACGGGAUACUCCAUACUGGCAUGCGGCAGACCUCAGGCCACGGCUGUUUAUAAAGUCUCUGAGUACGCCAGGCGUUUCGGCGUACCCGUCAUAGCCGAUGGUGGGAUCCAGACCGUUGGGCACAUCGCCAAAGCUCUGGCUCUGGGAGCUUCAACAGUAAUGAUGGGGUCAUUGCUGGCUGCCACCAGCGAAGCUCCUGGUGAAUAUUUCUUUUCUGAUGGGAUCCGGCUAAAGAAAUACCGCGGCAUGGGCUCCCUGGACGCCAUGGACAAAAACCUGGGCUCUCAAACCCGAUAUUUCAGUGAAAGUGACAAGAUUAAAGUUGCUCAAGGCGUCUCUGGAGCCGUGCAGGAUAAAGGCUCCAUCCACAAGUUCGUCCCCUACCUGCUGGCUGGUAUUCAGCACUCCUGUCAAGACAUCGGGGCCAAAAGCCUCACCCAGCUCAGAGCGCUGAUGUACUGUGGAGAUCUGAAAUUUGAAAAGAGAACCACAUCAGCUCAGAUGGAGGGUGGAGUCCACAGUCUACACAGUUACGAAAAACGACUCUUUUGAGAAAAGGGGAGCAUUUGGUGGCGGAUCAGAGCAGCAGAUGACACUACACAACCCGCAAGAACUGCUUAGGAUCCUAUUGUCCAUGGAGCGGACUUCGGAUUCAGAUCAGACUAAAAAAAAAUCUGUUAUCUUCCAGAGAUCCACCCGUCUUCCUUCCAGUGUUAUCUAUGCAUAGAGUUUGGUGGAGGUGUGUAUGUGUGAAACUGAGGAGGUUGAGAAAUGAGCAUUUAUCAAUCAGUGCAUGUAUGAUUGAGUUGAAUAAGGGAAGUUCGCUCUUGUAAUAAAAUGUCUCCAUGUUUGUCCAUUUUAAAGCAAAAAAAGAAACUAAUUAAAGGCCUGUGUUUUUACACAA